CCCGUUGUUUCCCAAUGACGUCACUUCCCAGUUGAGAAGAUGGCGUACGGAGGAGGAACGUUCGACAAAACCAACCCUUUUGCGGACGACGAUGACGACCUAAACGGCGAGGAUGGGGACGAUGGAGGCUGGGACUUGAUGCGAGACGAGCUAGCCACCCGCCAGGGUAAUAUUUCCCGGAGUACACAGCGCUGCCUGGGCGCUAUCGCCGAGUCCGAAAGAGUGGGCGUGGCCACAGCAGAGGAGCUUCUCCACCAGCGAGAGCAGCUGGAGAGAACUGAGAAGAACCUGGACAAGAUAAACAAAGACUUGGACGUUUCUCAGAGACACAUCACGUCCAUCAAGUCCAUGUGGGGCGGGGUCAUCAACUUCUUCAAGAAAAAACCUGAGGAGCCCCCACCAGUGGCAGCAGAACAGGAGACGAAAGUCCAGGCUGCCCCUAAGCUCAGACAAGCCAUGGAGGUAUCGCAGAACCAGCCCAGGCCCGCCGGAGAACACCCAGCACUGCAGCUACGUGACGAGAGUCGCUACGCACGUGGAUCCUCACAGAGCUUUCAGAAAUGGAACGCGGAGUUUGAAGACGGCCUGGAUGACAUGUCAACCGGUCUGGGGACCCUCAAGUCACUGGCCCUUGGUCUGAAUGAAGAGAUUACAGAGCAAAACGCGAUGCUGGACAGAUUAGGGGACAAGACGGACAAGUCGGAGUUUAGAAUCCAUGGUACAAACAAGGAGAUGAGAAACAUGCUCAAAUGAUAGAACUUUGUAUGCCCAGCUUAAUUGUAUAGAACGUCCUGUUAUUCUUUGAAUGAAAAACUGGUAAUACCUUGUUAUGGAGGUAGACGUCCAGGUACUAACUAGUAAUAAGAUAUGUCGGAUAGCAGUUACUCAAGCAACUGGAUAUACUUUUGGAAAUGGUCAAGAGAUUUCAGGUAGUAUUCACUACCCUUCCUCGUGUUGUAACUGCUAUUUGGUUUAAGAAUAGGAAAUAUCUGUGUUACAACAAGGUGCAAAGUCUAAUGUUAUCUUUGCAAACUCUCUCAUAAUAUACGUAAGCUGUACUUGGUGUCAAUGGCAAGGAAUGAUAGCAUUCUUGUGUUAGAUGUAACUUAAACUUUUAAACUUUACCUUCCUUAGAAUGAGAUUCAAGUUGUAGAUGAUCCUGGUAGUUGUGAGGUUCAAUAAAAUGCCUGCAAAAGUAUAUAAAGACUAGAGGUAAAUGUGAAGAGAUGGAUUCAAGAUGUAACGUGUGUGUUGUUGCUUCAUGAGGUGGUUUUAGUGUUAGUUUUUAUUUUCUGUUAAGUCAGUGUGUAGCCUGGGUAUCACGCUAAUGGUUGCAAGUGUAUGGAGCCCUGGUAGAAAUAGGAUGGUACCAAAGCUAGUGAGUGUGUACCUUUUGACAAUCUUUACUUGUCUUGCCAUUUUUUGGUCAGCUCUAUAGCUUUAAGUUAUUCUGGUGGUUCCUGAACUCAAACUAACUUAUGGAAGGGAAUUUCAGUUAAGACUUAAGAUAACUAUAAAAAGUAUUUCUAAUCCUAAUUUUUCCACUUGGUUAACUCAGUAACUAAACUAAACAACCUCAGCAGCUGAAUAUCAAAAUAAGACAUGAAUAAAUCAAUAGUGUCACCAAUGCUGCUAUCUGCAUGUAUGUUCUUAUAAGCCAUGCAAGAAUCUGUUUGUGGUCAUUUGAGCUAUUUUUUAUUCAUUUUUUUCACAGUAUCUCAAUAUCAAAUGAAUGUUGAUUUAAUUUGUUGGUAUGUUAACGUUACUGCCAGAAAGAAAUACAAAAUAGCAAAUAAUUGAGUUCUUGAUUUGCCUUUUGUUAGAUGGAGGAAUGAGUAACAUUAAAGCCAAUCAAAUGUCAUCUGU